AUGCAUGGCCGUAAGCGAGUAAAACCAUCGGCUGAAGUAGAAAAACUUCGUAAAGAAAAGGAAGUAACUAAAAUAAAAGAAUAUAGGAAUUUAGUUGAGUCGUAUUUUCAAAAAAAAGAUAAAAAAGAAUUUGAUAAUGAUGCACUUGCUUUAACUACAAAAAUAUUGUCACAAAACCCUGAUUUUUAUUCAAUAUGGAACUUUAGGAGAUUAAUUUUAUUAAAUGGGCUUCUAAAAGAAUGUUCAGAAGAAGAUAAACAACAAACUUUAUCAACCGAGUUGGUUUUUCUUCAAGAACUUUUUCAGUUAAAUCCGAAAUCUUAUUGGAUUUUUAAUCAUAGAAGAUGGUGUUUAGAAACUAUGCAGAAUCCAGAUUGGGAUAAAGAAUUGCAACUUGUCGGAAAAUUUUUGGAAUUGGAUGCUAGAAAUUUUCACGCUUGGGAUUACCGACGUUAUGUGACAUCAAAACUUUCUUGCACAACUGAAACUUCGCUCACUCAAAUUGAGUUUGAUUUUACAACUACAAAGAUUAAUCAAAAUUUCUCUAAUUAUUCGGCUUGGCAUCAACGAAGUAAAUUAUUACCACUUUUAAUAAAAGAGAAAAAUUUGGAUGAACAAGAAAAAAAAAAACUAAUUGAUAAAGAAUUUGAAUUGGUAAAAGCGGCAUUUUAUACUGAUCCAGAUGAUCAAAGUGCAUGGCUAUAUCAUUGGUGGUUGGUUGCUCAAGGUUCUAUUAUAUCUACUUCACAAAUGAAUGAAGAAUCAAAAGAAUCAUCAAAUUCAUUAAAUCAGAAUUUAUCGAUAAAUACAUCAGAAAGAAUUGAACUUUUGCAACGUGAAAUUAACGUGGUUAGAGAAUUAUUGGAAUUAGAACCAGAUAGCAAAUAUUGUUUACAAACCUUAGCAAAUCUUUUAAGCGAGUUAAAAUCAAACGUGAAAGAGGAUUCAAAGAAGAUUGAUGAUGAAAUUGUUACAAUUUGUGAUCGUUUAAUUAAGAUUGAUAAGUUCAGAACGAAAAGAUAUGAAGAUCUACGCUCAAAGUUUAUUUCGAAUCAACAAGGAUAA